AUGGAAGCGCUGCUAGCAAAGUACCUCAAGGAACCUCUACAGUGGGAAGCAUCGCAGCUCCCCUCCGCCUCUGUCAAAUAUCGGGCCAUCAAUGAGGAAGAGCCAGCCGGACCUGUUGCUGGGCCCAGCCGGUUGCCUGCCGGCAAGACCUCCUCGUCCGCUCCCUCGCCGUCUCCCGCUCAGCCGCGGCCGCUACAGAGACAAGACAAGUCGCCUGCGAGCAGCGGUAAGGAUGCCGAUCUAUUCCCUGGAAAGGUCCCCUUGCAAUUCCCUGGAGGACUCAAGCGGGCCGGCGCAGGUCUACACAACAGAGGCAACACAUGUUACAUGAACAGCACAAUGCAGGCGCUCCUGCAUACUCCUCCCCUUGCACAUCUUCUGCUCACCCGGGAUACUUACCAGCUCAAAGGCCGCUUUGGCGGGACUAUUCAGGGAUUCGACCCCGUAAAGGCUCUGCAGAGCUUGACAGAGAGGGCUCUCACAGCCAAUGGCAAAGGUGUAGGGGGCGUGACGACGCCCGUGGAGUUCAUUAAGAACCUCAGAAUCGUCGCAAGGACAUUUCAUACAGGACGGCAGGAAGAUGCGCACGAAUGGCUACGGUUACUACUAGAAUCUGUUCAGCAAGCAUGUCUCGCCUCGGCCUCGCCGGCUGUGAAGCAGUCUGCGCUGAAAGAGACCACCUUCAUACAGAAGAUCUUCGGCGGGAAGCUACUCUCAAGAGUGACGUGCCUCUCCUGCCAACACAACUCAGAUACAUUCGACCCUAUCCUAGACCUUUCGCUAGACAUUCGGGGCUGCGAUAAUCUCGGUCAAGCUAUGAGCAACUUCACGCAAAUUGACGAGUUGCGGGGGUCGGAAAAGUACAAGUGCGAGAAGUGCAAGCGAUUGGUCGUGGCGCGGAAGCAAUUCACACUGGAUAAGUGUCCAGAGGUACUCACUGUGCAUCUGAAGAGGUUUACAUUCACUGGCAGCAAGCUGUCGAGAGCAAUUGCGUUCCCCGAUAAAUUCAAAAUCUCCCCUUCCUGGACCUCAAACAAGCAACCCGGCCCUACCUACUCCCUCUACGCAGUCGUGCAUCAUCACGGCGGCGGGCCGCACUCGGGCCACUAUGUCGCAGAAGUCAAAUCUCCCGCGGGCGUCUGGUGCGACAUGAAUGACGACUUCGUCUCACCCCAACGGCAGAGCCCGGCUGCUCACAGCUCCAAGAGCGCUUACAUGCUCUUUUAUGUCAAG